AUGGCCGGGAGGCAGCGUGGCUCGGGGCGGCUCUGGGCGCUGGGCGGCGCCGCGCUGGGGGCUUGCCUGGCGGGUGUCGCCACGCAGCUGGUAGAGCCCAGCACGGCCCCGCCCAAGCCCAAGCCGCCCCCACUGACCAAGGAGACUGUGGUGUUCUGGGACAUGCGCCUGUGGCACGUGGUGGGCAUCUUUUCACUCUUCGUGUUGUCCAUCAUCAUCACGCUGUGCUGUGUCUUCAACUGCCGUGUGCCACGGACGCGGAAGGAGAUCGAGGCUCGCUAUCUGCAGCGAAAGGCGGCCAAGAUGUACACAGACAAGCUAGAGACCGUGCCUCCCCUUAAUGAACUCACAGAAAUCCCUGGAGAGGAUAAGAAGAAAAAGAAGAAGGACAGUGUGGACACGGUGGCUAUCAAGGUAGAGGAGGACGAGAAGAAUGAGGCGAAGAAGAAAGGAGAGAAAUGAGGGCGGCUUCCUGAGGUGGCAGCUGGGGCUGGCAGGCCCUGAAGCUCGAGUUCAGGCCGGGAUCCAGGCAUCAGGACUUCGUGUUCAUACAUGGACUGCAGAGGCAGUGGUCCAAGGGGAAGCCAAGGCCAUGGUACCUCAUGGCCCCAAAGAUGUAGGGACAAGACUUCACUGGUGUCCAUCCUGGACUCUGUUCCUGUCACAUCCUUCCAUAGUUAUAGCGUGGCCUCAAACCCCUCUCCCUGUCCAGACAAGCUUUCAUCCCACCCUUCUUGCCAGGGGCGGAAGUGGUUAUGAAGGAGUCAGGGACUGGUCGUUUAGGAUGGCAAGACUGAACAGGUUGUUCAAAAACACAGAGGGAGGGCUGGAGGGGGGCUUGUGACGUGAGAGGUUCUCCGACGUAGCUAGAUAGCCGCGCCAAAUAGCCAGGAGAUUGCCCCAAGUUUGAUAGUAAUCUGUCCCUGGCUUCUAGGUUGGCCCCAUUAGCAGGAGAGUCCCUGGCCUGGCAGAUGCAAAGCUCUGAAAACAAGGUGACUGUGACAGACCUGAGGCCGCUGAGGGGCUGGCAGGAGGCCCAGGGCCUGGCUCAGGGCUGGCAGGAGGCCCAGGGCUGGCUCAGGGGUGGGGUCUAAAACACCGAGGACUGAAGCGAGUGGGCAGUGCGAGAGAGCCUGGACCUCCUCAUGGGAACCAAGAAAUCCUUAAGACAGGGCACCGGCACAAGCUAUUACAGUCGCCUUUUCUAUGGCCAGGACUCUAUCUGACAAUGGCAGCAGUCAGCCAUC